AUGACGAAAAACAAUCUUGCUGUACAUCUCAAAUGGCUGCUGAACCAGGGCUCGUCCUUACAUCCAUCGUUGUCUAUUGACACCCCUCUACCUCCCGUACAACGCGAACGUGCUUCCCAACAACUUCCACCCUCCGACGAAAGCGACUUCUUAGAUGCGAUCAUUGAGGACGCGGAGAACGCCGACGAUGUGAUAAACGAGGACAUGGCAAAAUCGCAAAUCUCGUUAUCAGCACGAAAACCUCGGUUAUUCAGUCGCCCAGAGACAUGGAAAGACGAGCCACCUUCAACAUCAAAGAAGGCGCAUGCCUUGGUUCCAGACUGCCGUCCUGGACCACCGCGAUCCUCUUAUACAUCUCGACUCAAAUCGACCCCGCUUCGAUCAGAGCAAAAGCUAGAAGCAUCGUAUUUUGAUAACAUAGAAGCCAUUGAUCUCACGGGAGACCCAUUACGGUUUACUUCCGCCCCUGCCACUGAUUUGGGAGAACCACGCAGACUAUGGGCUGGAGAUGCUCCAGUUCGCGAACAAAUUGGAGAGAAGCGUGGAAAGAAGCGUAAGAGCGAUGAAUAUACAUCGGAUCUUCUAUCGCCCUCAAAACAUACGAACAAAAUACGAAACAUCCCAAAAGGACCUCCAUCCGAACAGUCUUCAAGACCAAACCGGGCGAAGCCUUCCAAUAGUGCUAAACCGCUCAAGACCGACUCUCCAUCUCCGAAAAAGGUUCACCGGAAGGAUGUCAUUGCCGAUUCCGAUGAGGAAGAUCCGUUUGACCAGUGGGAAGCAGAUGCGGAUGCUAUGAUCUUGGAUACCGAUCCAGUGCUCUAUCCCAAGCUGCCUCAAAUUAGUCCCGCGGAGAAUGAGAAGAAAAACCAGUCCGAUAAAUCACUCCUUACGCGCUCGCCAAGUCGGACGUUGACAGAGAAAUUUCAGACGGAGACUCGGAAUGAACAGACGAAAAUUUCCAAACCCUCAAAGGGCUCACAGCCAUCCCCCGGGCUCAAAAUUCCCAGCUCUCAACCCAAAGACGAGGCGGUCAUGAAGUUUGUGGCUCUUUCAGCAAGUUCCAUCGGCCAUUCCAUUCAGCAGCUCAGGCAGACACUGCAGAAAAAUUCCGAGGUUGUAUACCAGCAGGCAAUGGAAGGUCAACCAGCUCCAGAUCUAAUCGCAGAGAACAAAUGCCUUGUCUCACGAAUCCAAGCGAUUGAGGCUUUGCGACCUCAGCAUGCGGCUUACAAUACCUGCCUUUCUCGAAAAGAGGAGUUAAAGCAGAACCUCAUGAAAGUGAUAUCGCAGGGUCUUGACCCCACAUCAAUGCCAGAGGAGCUAUCCAGAAGCCGAGCUGUCGAAUCUGAGCUGGAGCAAAUCGAGCAAAAAAUCCGCGAGCUCCUUCCCCAGGCCAAUCUACAUGAUUUAGCCCAGGACAUAGGAAUGGAUCGCGCUACUCCAUCGUUGAGUGACUACCAUUCGGACCCCUAUACUUCCAAAAACCGAUUUGAAGACUUUGGGUUUACAAGGGAGUCCUCCUCACCCAGGAAACACCAAAGCUCCUUCCCAAGCUCUAAAAUGAGCAAUGAUAGUUUCAAUUCUCGGCCUGGGCAAAGCACUGCCACCUACGCUAACGAGAAAAGUCAUGUUUCUCGAAAUAUGGGCUCGCCAGCCAUGGAUCUGGAUGAUUUCGAUUGGGACGAUAGCGAUGAUGAGAUAUUGGAAGUUGCUGGGACCUUGAACAAGGCCCCUGCAAUUUCAUUCAAUGACGAUCGCAUUCAGGACCGGCCAGUCUUUGCCGAGACCUCUGGAAAUACCUCUCGAGUGCCCCCGCCAAAGAAGUCACCCAACCGUAGCAACUUUUGGAACAAUAAUCCUUGGUCUCAUGAGGUGAGAACUGUUCUCAAGGAUAAGUUCCACCUUCGCGGUUUCCGCCCAAACCAGCUUGAAGCCAUUGACGCAACCCUUGCUGGGAAAGAUACGUUCAUUCUGAUGCCAACUGGCGGAGGAAAGUCGCUGUGCUAUCAGCUUCCCUCUAUCGUCUCGAGCGGUCGUACAAGGGGCGUGACAAUUGUCGUUUCUCCGCUACUGAGCUUGAUGCAAGACCAGGUUUAUCAUUUGCAAAAGCUGAAAAUUAACGCUCUCCUAAUCAAUGGCGAAACAGCUGCGGCUGAGCGUUCACAGAUUAUUGCUACAUUGGCAAACCAUGGCGGAGAAGGGAUGGAUUUGUUGUACAUCACACCCGAGAUGCUCAGCAAGAACCUGACAAUGGUUAAAGCUCUUGAAAAACUUCAUUCUCAAAACAGACUGGCGCGUUUAGUCAUCGAUGAAGCACACUGCGUUAGUCAAUGGGGACACGAUUUUCGCCCGGACUACAAGGAACUAGGUGAAAUUCGUGCCAAAUUUCCUAGCGUACCAAUCAUGGCCUUGACCGCUACUGCCACAGAAAACGUGAAGGUAGAUGUCAUGCAUAAUCUGAAAAUGAGCGGAUGUGAGGUUUUCCUACAAAGUUUCAAUCGUCCUAACUUGACCUACGAAGUGCGACCAAAGAAAAAGAAUGAUGAACUCUUGGCCAGCAUUGCCGAGACAAUCACCGGCUCAUACAGAAACCAGUGUGGUAUCAUUUAUUGCCUUUCGCGCAAGACAUGCCAAAGUGUGGCAGAAGCCCUCACCACGAAGCACAAAAUCAAAGCUCGACACUAUCAUGCCCACCUGGCUCCGAAGGAGAAAGCUGAAGUGCAGAGCCAGUGGCAAAUGGGAAGAGUUCACGUCAUAGUUGCUACCAUUGCCUUUGGAAUGGGAAUUGAUAAACCCGAUGUGCGUUUUGUGAUUCAUCACAGUAUUCCCAAGAGCCUCGAAGGGUACUACCAGGAGACUGGCCGCGCUGGUCGAGAUGGGAAACGUUCUGGAUGUUACCUUUAUUACGGCUACAAAGAUACCACUUUGCUUAAGCGAAUGAUUGACCAAGGCGAAGGAAGUUUUGAACAAAAGGCUCGACAAAAGCAUAUGCUUCGGAACGUUGUCCAGUUCUGCGAGAAUCGCAGUGACUGUAGACGUGUUCAAGUGCUGGCUUACUUCAAUGAAAGAUUUCGUCGAGAGGACUGUGGGAAUACGUGUGACAAUUGCAAGUCCGAUCUUGUCUUUGAAGAGCAUGACUUCUCUGAAUAUGCUUCAUGGGCCAUCAAGAUUGUGAGGAGCUUGACCCGUGAAUCGGAGGGGAAGGUCACUGUACUCUAUUGUGUGGAUAUUCUUCGUGGCGAUUUGAAAAAAGCCAAGUCAUCUACACAUCGACAACACCCAGGAUAUGGAAAAGGGUCUGCUCUUGACAGGGGGGAGGCAGAACGACUGUUCUACCGUUUAUUGGGCGAAGAUGCUCUGGCGGAAGAAAAUGUCAUCAAUGGUAAAGAUUUUGCGGUUCAAUAUCUCAAACUUGGCCGCCGUGCUGCCGAAUUCGAAAGUGGCCAACGCCGAAUGAAGCUGCAAGUGCGCGUCUCUCCAAAUGGCAAAGCACCAUCAAGGCGACCAGUAACCAAAGCAAAGGCUGCCAGCCAACACUAUCCCCAGUCUACAAUGGUUUCGUCGCCUAUCCAAUCUCUGAAUGAUCGUCGAGAAGCUCGCUCCCAGCAACGCGGAGUCCGCCUCGACUUUUCAGAAGGCGAGGAGAGUGAUGGGUUUGAGCCAGUCCGAGUACCUGGAAACAACCCACGACAAACAGUACGUGAAUUGGGCCCACCCAUCACUACUGAUCAGAAGAUGGAUCGGCUUGAUCUUCUCCAUCGUGCGGUGGUAGAGGAUUUCGAGGUUACUGCCAAGAGGUAUCUCCAAGAUGUCGUUGUCGAGAAAGGCCUUCGUGCCCAGCCAUUCCCGGAUCACAUCCUGCGUGAUAUGGCCAUCUCAUUUCCCAAGGUUCCCGUGCUAGAUCCCUCGGAGCUUGCUGCUAUUCCCGGCAUUGACGAAGACAAGGUCAAACGAUAUGGUCGCCAGAUUUUAAGGCUGAUCGAUAAUGCAAAACGACGUUACCAUGAACUGACGCAAGAAGCUAAUGGCGUUGUCCCCGAUCCUAACCACCACAAUGUCAUCAACCUCAGCAGUAGUGAUGAAUACAGUGACGGUGACGAUCUUUUUGCAGACCAAGCGUCUACCUUUGAUCUCGACCAACCCACGGAAGGGCCGGCUGAAGAUAUCACUAGCCGGUAUUUCCCCGCUCCACCAUCUCCAGGCUUUGACCCUGGUGACGACUUUGGAGGACAAGAAGAUUCUGGCUCCAAAGGCCGCAAACGUCCGUACACGAAAAAGCCUCGCCGUAAAAGCGGCGGCUCUGCAGGUAACUGGAAAGCCAAGGGUUCCAGAUCCAAGCCUACCACGGGAGCCUCUCGUGCCCCAAGCAGAUCCUCUGCCGCCCCUCGGAAAACCUCUACGAAAUCCAAGACCCCGAAAUCCACGAUUGGAAUGAUGCCUCUUUAA